AUGCCCAUACCCAAACCCAUGGGUUUCAUUGGUGCUGAUGCUUAUAAAAUAGUGAAUGAAAGGAAUGUUGCUCGUGGAAUCAGAGUACUCACUUGGGUCGGUGUAAGUGAUGAGUCCGGUGUGGCCGAAAUCGCAGUCGAAAUCGUGACCACCAGAUGCUUGAUAGUAUGCGUUCAUGGCAUACGUCGCAUGGGACUUAACUAUGUUGGGCUUGAAGCAUGGCCCACCAUCAUUUAUGGGCCCACACUCUAUUCCACUUCUGCUACAAACAAAGUCAAUGUUGACCUGCAACGCUGCAUCACUCGAAUCCCUCUUCGGCACGCACCAUUUCUUCGUUGA